CUGUCAGAGACCCCUGCUCUUUGUACUGUACCCCAAGCAUCAUGCGUGAAAUUGUGCAUCUGCAAAUCGGACAAUGUGGAAACCAGAUCGGCUCCAAGUUUUGGGAAGUGAUCAGUGAAGAACAUGGGCUCAAUGCAACAGGCAACUAUGUGGGAGACAGCAGCCUCCAGCUGGAGCGGGCCAAUGUCUACUUCAGUGAGGCACAAGGUGGAAAAUAUGUACCCAGAGCCCUGCUUGUGGACCUAGAGCCCGGCACCAUGGACAGUGUGAGGGGAAGCCGCAUCGGGGCCCUGUUUAGGCCAGACAAUUUCAUCCAUGGAAACUCAGGAGCCGGCAAUAACUGGGCGAAGGGCCACUACACAGAGGGAGCGGAGCUGGUGGAGCAGGUGAUUGACAGAGUGAGGAAUGAGAGCGAAAGCUGCGAUUGCCUGCAGGGCUUCCAGCUGGUUCACUCAUUAGGGGGGGGUACCGGCUCCGGCAUGGGAACCCUCAUCAUCAACAAGAUCCGAGAGGAGUACCCUGACCGCAUCAUGAACACCUUCAGCGUCAUGCCGUCCCCUAAAGUCUCUGACACGGUGGUGGAGCCGUACAAUGCUACCCUGUCGGUCCACCAACUCCUGGAGAACACAGACGAGACCUUCUGCCUCGACAACGAGGCCCUCUACGACAUCUGUUUCCGUACGCUGAAACUGACCACACCGACUUACGGGGACCUCAACCACCUGGUCUCUUUGACCAUGAGCGGGGUCACGACCUCCCUGAGAUUCCCCGGGCAGCUCAACGCAGACCUGAGGAAACUGGCUGUCAACAUGGUGCCUUUCCCUCGCCUCCACUUCUUCAUGCCAGGCUUUGCUCCCCUGACGGCCCGUGGCAGCCAACAGUACAGAGCCGUCUCGGUGACUGAGCUCACGCACCAAAUGUUUGAUGCCCGCAACAUGAUGGUGGCAUGCGACCCAAGGCGAGGGCGCUACCUUACAGUUGCAGGUAUCUUCCGUGGUAAAAUGUCCACCAAAGAGGUAGAUGAACAAAUGCUUGCAAUCCAGCAGAAAAACAGCAACUAUUUUGUGGACUGGAUCCCACAUAAUGUCAAGGUUGCCGUGUGUGACAUCCCACCCCGAGGCCUCAAAAUGGCUUCCACCUUCAUUGGCAAUAACACUGCCAUUCAGGAGAUAUUCCGCCGUGUGGGCGAGCAGUUCUCCUUGAUGUUCAGACGGAAAGCCUUUCUUCACUGGUACACGGGGGAAGGUAUGGAUGAGAUGGAGUUCACUGAGGCAGAGAUGAACCUCAACGACCUGGUGUCAGAGUACCAGCAGUAUCAAGAUGCCACUGCAGAUCAAGAUUCAGAAGCAGAAUGUGAAGAGGAGGAGGGACCCUCAUCAUCAUCAAAAGUGACGGAAACAGUCAAAGGAACUGUAGAUGAAUAGAAAACACUCUGAUGCAAGGAUGUGAAAAAUGGUAUUGUCUGAAAAUUUACUAUUUAUGUUUUAUUGAUGGUUGAUUGGUUGGUUGGUUGGUUGGUUGGUUGGUUGGACAGUUGGUUGGUUGGUCGGUUGGUUGGUUAGUGCAUUGUUUGGUUGGUUUGUGGGUUGGUUUGUGGGUUGGUUGGUUGGUUGGCUGGUUGUUUGAUGGGUUGGUUGGUUAGUUGGUUGGUUUAGAUGGCCUUUAUUUGCUGAAAUGUGCUUGGACAUAUUCACAUUAUAGUGCUUAUCAUCUUUUAUGUAUUUUUCAAAUGUUUGUAUGGUUGUACAUUUGUUUUUGAGGAUAAUCUUUUGUUUUAUAGAAAAUAUUUGUAAAUCAUGAACAUUGUUGCAUGUGUGUAUGUAAAAUGUUAUGUUAUCACGCCGCUAUAUAAUCUACUUCCAAAAAAAUGUAUGUGAUGUUUGUCAUUUUUUUCCUGACUUACAGUAAAUGUUGCAUUGAGUGUUGAUGUGUACAUGAUUAUGAUAGUAAUUAAAAACAGCAAAACCAAA